AAUGUCUUAUCUUGAAGUCUUACCAUAAAUGUAUAUAUAACAUGAAUCAGGAAGAUGUCUCGUUGCUAUGCAAGGUUUGUACUCACACGUAUAAAAAGAAGCUUUUCUGGUUUCUCCUCAGAGACUACAUUGACUGAGGUCGACAGGUUGAUGAUGGCAGUGAUGAUGUGGUUGGCGGCUAUCAUGGCUUAUGGAGCCUCUUUAGGAAUGACACAGGAUUCAGGCUCCGGGAUUUUGCUCGGAAUGUCCGAGGAUGCUGUUGAUGACAUGUACGAUGGCUGCAAAAAGGAGAUGGCGCGCAAAGCGGAGGGGUAUCUACCCAAUGAAAAGAACCAAGACCAAAACUUCAAACGGGCCUGGUGUGAAGCUGAGCUGUACGUUAAGGGCAAAUUUCAGAAGACAUUGCAUCGUAACAAAAAGAUCCCAAACUCCAUUGGGAAAGAACAAAUCACGGCCAUUUAUGUUUAUACUCUUGACCACCCGCCCAUCUACUUGGAUUUCAAUGCUGCGGUGCGGAGCCAGAGAUCCGAGUACAAGACCACGUUCAAAUAUCACGCUCUACACUUCUUCUUGACGGACGCCAUCCAAAAACUCAGGUCACGACAAGAGGAACCGGGAAAAUGUUGGACCACCUUUUCUCGGAAGAAAACUUUGUUCCGUCUAAGAUCUCGCAACACACUGAUCCGCUUCGGCGGUUUCAUGUCUACCUCGAUGGGAGGGUACCCUAAACCUGAAACAUACGGAGACAAAACAUGCUUUAACGUGACAACAUGCUUCGGCGCAGAUAUUUCACUGUAUUCGAAGUUUGGUGACUUUGAGAAAGAGGUCCUAAUUCCUCCGUACGAGAUUUUCAAGGUGACCAAGGUGGAGAAGCGCACUGCAAAGAAGACACUUCCAUGUGAGGUGGUUUACACACUGAAAAGUACGGGAACACCACUUUCCAAUUUGAAUUGUUCUCUCGUUUUCUAACAGGAAAUAACACAUUUUGUACUGGAUAACAAAGUUUAAAGGCCUACUGAAAUUAGAUUUUCUCAUUUAAACGGGGAUAGCAGGUCCAUUCUAUGUGUCAUACUUGAUCAUUUCGCGAUAUUGCCAUAUUUUUGCUGAAAUAAUUCAGUAGAGAACAUCCACGAUAAAGUUUGCAACUUUUGGUGCUGAUAAAAAAGCCUUGCCUGUACCGGAAGUAGCAGACGAUGUGCGCGUGACGUCACGGGUUGUGGAGCUCCUCACAUCUGAACAUUGUUUACAAUCAUGGCCACCAGCAGCGAGAGCGAUUCGGACUGAGAAAGCGACGAGUUCCCCAUUAAUUUGAGCGAAGAUGAAAGAUUCUUGGAUGAGGAAAGUGAGAGUGAAGGACUAGACAAAAAAUUAAAAAGACUAAUACAGUGGGAGGGAUUCAGAUGUUAUUAGACACAUUUACUAGGAUAAUUCUGGAAAAUCCCUUAUCUGCUUAUUGUGUUACGAGUGUUUUAGUGAGAUUAUAUGGUCAUACCUGUACAACCUGAAGGUCGGCCCCGCACCUUUCUUCAGCACCAGUCGACGGGCGGUGGCGAGACCCAUCUCUGCCCUUCGCAAGGGACCCUCUUCAAAACACGAUCUUUCGAAAUGAUCGUCGUAUAAUACACUGUAAUUUUUGUGUAUGUUCGCUUGACCGCUCUGUUCCAUAGUAAAGCUUCACUGUCAUCUUUCGGGAACGUAAACAAUGAAACACCGGCUGUGUUUGUGUUGAUAAAGGCGGCCGCAAUACACCGCUUCCCACCUACAGCUUUGUUCUUUGACGCGCUAACAAAAUAAGAGUCUCGGAAAGCUGGCGUGCACAUCGCUUUCUGACGGAUCGCUUGUGCACGCCAGUUUUCCGAGACUCUGUAUUUAGUUAGCGCAGGCAGCAUGAAGCAGGGCUUUUAUUGUGAAGAUAGGAAAUGUGCAGUCGGCCUUUAGAGUUUUGACGGAAGGUACGGCGCGAGAGUCUGUUGAAAUAAAAAGUGUUUCUCGCCUUCCUCUCGGUCAUAUUUUCAUAAUAAUGAUCUUGCAGCAGCCAGCGUCAUCUCACAAGACCCUCCGGUACCGUGAAUGUCAUUUAAGUGACAUCUUGGUGAAGAUUGAUGAUCACUAAUUUUUAGGUCUAUUUUUUUUAAAAGCCUGGCAGGAGAUGGACUGACACACCCCCCGCGGUCGACUGGUAGCUCGCGAUCGACGUAAUGGGCACCCCUGUUUUUACAUGUACAACUUUCUCCGACGCUGCCACAGAAAGACUUGUUUUUUGCCGCUCUUUCUUUGUCUCAUUUCGUCCACCAAAUAUUCUAUACUGUGUGCGAACGCACAAAGGUGAGCUUUGUUGAUUUUAUUGAUUUGCUGGAGUGCUUCUCAGGCCUAUUUGGUCCAUCCAUGACUGCAAGCUAACAUGCAUUUCAGGUGACUACCUCUUGAAGCUCAUUGAGAGAAUGCCAAGAGAGUGCAAAGCAGUAAUCAGAGCAAAAGGUGGCUAUUUUGAAGAAACUAGAAAAUAUAAAAGGUGUUUUCAGUUAUUUCACCUUUUUUUGUUAAGUAUAUAACUCCAGAUGUGUUCUUUUGUAGUUUUGAUGCCUUCAGUGACAAUCUACAAUGUAAAUAGUGGUGAAAAUGAAGAAAACACAUUGAAUGAG